AUGCGUUGGCGACUGCUUGAUGCCUGCUUGUAUGUCGCCGUCUUUGGUGGAGGCCCAGCUGUGGGCUACGACUGCGAAGGAUGGCCCAAUCGGCUCGUAAGAAGAUUUGGAGAGCCCGUGAUCCCAGUACGGAGGCUGCUGAAGGUGGAAAGAAACCUGGAGGACCUUGAUCUCCCACGCAGAAACUCCAGCCGGGGACUCUUCCUGGUGCUGGAUCUACGGCAUCUACAGAGACCGCACAGGGGAUCGCGCGGGGGACCGCAGAGGUCAGAGGACACUCAAGGUGUGACGCAAGGCGUGAUUCGGGCUUGGGCUGCGCUGUCAGCACACUCGCUGCUGGCCUUGCGAGUGGCAGAAAACCCCACCGAUGAUGUCCUCGAGCUCCUGCGCCGCUUCUUUUUCGCCACGCAGCAGAGACAUUGGUACAAGAAACCCGGUCCCAUGCCUGCCAUCAGCGAUGCAGAUGAAAUUUGCUGCGACCCUUGCGGCUGCCUUGCUCAGAAAUCCAUUUCUGCAGAACUGCAACCGCAUGACUACCACUAUGCAGCCGCCAACUACUUGAGGUGGGAAGCCCGAGUGAGAGGCCAGCACCCCUUCUUUUCUGAAGCCCUCAAAUAUCAAACAGACAAGGUGACCUACCACCGCUAUGAGCUGCUCUACCACCGGACACUGCCCAGAAGCCUGGAUCAUGAGGGUCAGGCGGGAUGCUUCCUGGAGAUUGGCUUCGGUUGCGUCGAGUUCGUCCGGGACGUUGCUCUCUCCGCAGGUAUUUGGCCGGUCAUCUUUCCAGGGGCCAGAGUGCACAUUCUGGAAAUCGACAUGCCUUGCGUCCAGAAGCUCUCGACCUGGCUUCGGGAGCAGAACUACAGCGUUCACGUAGUGGACGUGGGUGCUGUUCUGGAGCUGGAGCGGCUGAAGCACGAUGUUUUUCGGCCAGAAUGCCCGCACGGGUUACUCAGCGUGGUCGUGGACGACGGUUCGCACAAUAGCUCCGACCUUGUGACCACUUUCUUGAGCGUGUAUCCCUCCUUGAAACCUGGUGGCCAAUACUACAUGGAAGAUCUAGGCCUCACCUCCUACAACGUGUACGACUCCCUCGAGCCUAUGACGACCAAAGGUGGGGAACGACCAGGCACGGCGUUCUUCUUCGUUACCUCCCUUCUCAGCGGCCUCUUUGCCAAGGGGCCCCGGUCCUAUGCGCCCUUCCAGGAUGUCGGGCUCCUCCGCUGCUGGCUUAACAUCUGCCUCAUCGAGAAAGCGUUCCUUUAA